AUGGAUUUAUCAUCGGGCGACACAGAAUCAACAGCAAAAUCUGAAUCUCCUUCAAUAAAGCCUGAGAAAACCACAGCAAGCAGUUAUCCCCGCAUACGGAGAGAAUUUACAUUAGAGGAAAAGAAAGACAUAAUUGAGCAAUUUCAUAGAAGUAAAAUAUCUAUAACUAAUCUAGCUAAGGUAUAUCACGUUCGUCGUCAAGCCGUUACAGAAAUUCUAAAAGAUAAAAACCAAAUUCUUUAUGCUAAUGGCUAUCCUGAAUAUUUUAAUAUUGAUUUGCCAAAAAAAGAAAGUAGUUCUUAUCACCCUAUUCUAGUGAAAGCUCUAGCUCCCCCCCUUUGUUCGCUCACGGAGGGGGUUAAUUUAUAUAUAAAUUUUAUUGAAAAAAAUUUUUUUUUACGAAAUUUAAAAAAAAUCCUAUUCGCAAAAAUUGGAAAGCAAACAUUUAUUUAAUUUGCAAAAUUAUGUUUUUAAAACGCAAUUUGUUUUAAAAUUAAAGAGAAUUAGCUCGAAAUUUCUUUAUAAUAAUUAUCACUUAUAUAUCAAAAACUUUUGUUCGCUCACGGAUGGUGGGCUUUUAGGGAAAAAAUAGGGAUUUUUCUAAUGGUUUUGUUCGCUCACGGAGGGGGGGAGUAAGCCUGUGGAUAAAUCAAUGAUACUCAUACGGGCUGCCAAUUAAAUAUAAAUCAAUUUCAGAAAAAGCUCAGUUUUUUUAUGGAAAAUUAGCAGGGGUAAAUCCUCCAAAAAAAGAUUUAAUAGCAAGCCCUAAUUGAGGGCAGUCCUGAAAAUACCGCUUGACGGUAUUUUCCGGAAACUUUUUUUUCCUAUUAAAAGAACAUAAAAAUUUCAAAAAAUCUUCGAUUUUCCAUGAAAAUACCAUAUUGGAACAAAAAUUUUCAAAAAAAAAGUUCCUGAAAAAACUAUAUCAUAAAAUUUUACUGAUUGAACUACCUGAAAAUACCAUAAAGGUGAAAAAAUUUCGAUAUCAUGACAGCAUAGUUUUAAACAGAGAAAAAAACAAAUAAAUCUGGAGUAAAUGGUCUCUUGUUUGCUGAAACACAAUAAUAAUCCCAACACAAAUAAAGGGAUUAUAUGCAUUCCAAUCAUUAUUGGUUAAAAAUCAAUAAUUGUUUUUUUCCUCAAAAUCGCAUGAAAAUACGUCAUAAAAUUUUAAAUUGUGACAUGUGCGAUUUUAAUUGUAUGCUCAAAAUAAGUAUUAAUAAGAGCCAUAUGCUAUUCGAGCUAAGGAAACUAUUAAUGCAAGCAAGCAAAUUCAAAAGAUAUAGCAAUAGAGUAUAUUUUUAUAUAUAUAUAAAAUUAUUUCAAAACUACGAAAAUGUCUUUUUUUUUUGAAAAAAUCGCAUGAAAAUACCAAUAGUAAAUUUUUAAACGGUCCAAAAUUUGCCUGAAAAAACCGCUAAUGGAAAAAAAAAUUUUCAAAAAGUCCAUGAAAAUACCAAAUAGGAAUUUAUAAUUAAAUUCAAUUAAAUUUAGGUUCGGCAAAUUUAUCGAAAUCAUCUAAAGUCAAAUUAAAGAAACUAAAUUAAGUAGCAUUGAAAACAAUAGUUUAAAGUCGACUACAUGAAUAAUAUUACAGAAGCGUGUAUCAUUUUUUUCGACAUAAUUUAAAUAGAAAAUUUUAUUUUUAGCUAUCUAGUGGAAUAGAAUUACGAAACAGUGAGAAGUAGUUUAAACUGCAAGAAUCCAAAACAAAGUUGGCCAAGCCGUUCUAUUUAUUAUCUAAUACCAAAGAUUUCCACAUAAUACGGGCAAUAGAUAGGCUAAGGGCUGGCUUCAACUCAUAUGCUGCCAGUGCGCACAUGAGGAAACCUCGAGCGGCCUUCUGUGUGAAAAUUUGGGCGUUGCCCAAGAUGAAUGUCACGUUAUUGAAGACUGUCUGAUAUAUGAACUUGAGGGACAACAGCUAAGAGCAGAGCUAGGAAGGGUAGAUAGAAGCAUGCUGAAUUUCAGAAUAACGGACAUUGUCUUGUACAGCUAUGAUUUUCAGAAGUUUCUUUCUCGGCUUGACAGCUUUCAUCCUCUUAUAGUGAAGAAAAACAAUAAAUCCAUUGAAGUCAAGGAAAAAAACUCAAGUCUUUUAAAUGAAACCUUUAAAAUUCUAUUUUGAGAAGCUCAUGGAGUAGGCUAUAGAUAAUAGCAGUGAAGUCGAUUAGUUUUUACCAUUAAGAUAAAAAUAGACAAGUCUGCUAAAGCAAUUUCUAAUAUUGAGCUAUCUAAACUUAAUAAUAAAAUCUUUUAAUUCAUUAAAGAGAUUAGAAGUUAUUAAAAUUAAGGAUUUCGAUUAAAAGAUCAAUUCUUUCAGUAAUAGGCCUAUGCUUUAAGAGCCAUUAAAAAUAUAGGGUAUAAUUUUCAAGCUCUUUUUCAUUUCUUGGGUGGAAUCCGUUUAUAUUAGCCCUUAGCCUCUUUAUUCUGCUUCAUAAGUUUUUCUAUAUUAUUGGUUUUGAACCUUCCUGUGCCAAAGCUUUGAUAUGAUAAAAAUUGGAUGGAGAUAUUCAAUUGUAGGGAGUUUAUUAUAGGCUGCUCAUUCAUCACUAAAUGUUUCAGCUGGAUUUUGAACUUAUAAUAAAUCAAUGCAAAUUUAUCCAGCUUAUAUCACUUCCAACAUAAUAUAAUCUGAAAUCUUAAGUUCCUCUGUUAUAUAGACCAAAUAGCCAUUUUAGAUCGCCAUUCAUUGUCGUCAAAUGAUUUUCGUCUGCUUCAACUGUUAGAUAAACUUCUCCAGCUUCAUUCUCUAAGCCAAAUUUCGUAUCUGUAGAAUAUUCUUCAGUUAUUUUUUCUUUAAUUAAAGCUUUUUGAAAACUUUAUUACACACUCUCAAAAUUUCUGCGUCUUAUACUAUACUAAUAAGAGGCUGUUCUCUAACGAAACAACGGAAUAUCAGUUGUACGAUUUUCUUUAUUUUAAAACUGAAUAGUAAAAUAUAGACCUUCUUCGUACUAAAAAGCUUAUAUUGCAAUUUGUGCAACGAAGAAAAGGACUUUCACCACAAAGAUACAUAAACAAUUUCCAUUGCAUAAUCACAUAUAUUUGGCUUAAGGAUUCCAUUUUCUUGGCAAUUAGCUAUUGCAUUUUUCUUUCGAUCUCAAAAUUUCUAUUAGCAUUCCAUAAAGGAUGCAUAAAACGUUCAGCCAUUUAUGAUUAUAUAGAAUCUAUAAGUCCCCAUAAAAAGCAUUAAAUUAGUUAAUAUAAAAAACAUUAAGUAAUUAUUUAAAUGAGUUUUGAUAUCUAGGCAUUUUGAUAUAACCGACUUAACUAUUUUUAUCUUAAUGGUAAAAACUAAUCGACUCCACUACUAUUGUCUAUAGCCUUCUCUAGAGGAUAAAAGCUGUCAAGUCAAAAAAGUAAAUUUAUUUUACAUCAUUGAAUUUGCAAUUCAGAAUUAAGUAAAUUUAUCAUGCUUUUCUUAGGUUUGCAUUAAUUGACCUAUGAGUGAUUUACAAAGGCGACUUCAAAGCAAUUUUUUUUGAUUUGACCAAGUGCAGUUUAAACUACUUCUCACUGUUUCGUAAUUCUAUUCCACUAGAUAGCUAAAAAUAAAAUUUUCUAUUUAAAUUAUGUCGAAAAAAUUGAUACAUGCUUCUGUAAUAUUAUUCAUGUAGUCGACUUUAAACUAUUGUUUUCAAUGCUACUUAAUUUAGUUUCUUUAAUUUGACUUUAGAUGAUUUCGAUAAAUUUGCCGAACCUAAAUUUAAUUGAAUUUAAUUAUAAAUUCCUAUUUGGUAUUUUCAUGGACUUUUUGAAAAUUUUUUUUUCCAUUAGCGGUUUUUUCAGGCAAAUUUUGGACCGUUUAAAAAUUUACUAUUGGUAUUUUCAUGCGAUUUUUUCAAAAAAAAAAGACAUUUUCGUAGUUUUGAAAUAAUUUUUAUAUAUAUAUAAAUAUACUCUAUUGCUAUAUCUUUUGAAUUUGCUUGCUUGCAUUAAUAGUUUCCUUAGCUCGAAUAGCAUAUGGCUCUUAUUAAUACUUAUUUUGAGCAUACAAUUAAAAUCGCACAUGUCACAAUUUAAAAUUUUUAUGACGUAUUUUCAUGCGAUUUUGAGGAAAAAAAAAAUUAUUGAUUUUUUAACCAAUAAUGAUUGGAAUGCAUAUAAUCCCCUUUAUUUGUGUUGGGAUUAUUAUUGUGUUUCAGCAAACAAGAGACCAUUUACUCCAGAUUUAUUUGUUUUUUUCUCUGUUUAAAACUAUGCUGUCAUGAUAUCGAAAUUUUUUCACCUUUAUGGUAUUUUCAGGUAGUUCAAUCAGUAAAAUUUUAUGAUAUAGUUUUUUCAGGAACUUUUUUUUGAAAAAUUUUUGUUCCAAUAUGGUAUUUUCAUGGAAAAUCGAAGAUUUUUUGAAAUUUUAUGUUCUUUUAAUAGGAAAAAAAAGUUCCGGAAAAUACCGUCAAGCGGUAUUUUCAGGACUGCCCCUAAUUGAGUUAGGCAUUUUAAAGAAAGAUACAACUUUAAGCACAUCGGUAAUGUUGACAAACCCUUUCAGCCAGAUAAAGAAUCAGCAGAGUGUUUUAUUAAAAAGUUUAAAGAAUUCAUCUGGGACAAGGGGUACUCUCCUGAGCAAAUAUAUAAUUGUGACGAAAUUAAGCUGAAUUGAAGAAAAAUUCCAAAAAAAUUAAUUUCAAAUCCCCUGCAAAGGGAAAUUAACUCUGAGCAAAUAAAAAUACUUCUCUGCUGCAAUGCUACAGGGACGCACAAAUUGAGAUUGCUAGUUGUGGGGAACGAUCCAAUAGAAGGAGAUUUGCCUGCUAUUUAUGAAUUUAAUAAUCAGACAGCUAUAACGAGUAUCACAUUUGAGAAUUGAAUUUAUGAUCAUUUUAUACCAGAAACUAAAGCUUUUCUAGCUGCUUCCAACCUGCCACAGCAUGCUUUAUUGCUAUACGACUGCUCAAUUGCUCAUAAUAUGAUAGAUACUCCUCGCCACCAUUAUCUGCGUACAAUGGCUUUUCCAAUAAAUUCAACUCAUUCACUCCAACCAUUAUGUCAAUCAAUUAUUCCUGCUUUCAAGUACAUCUACAAGCUGCGCUUUUUACAAAAAUUAAUUGAUAAUUAUACAGGAACCAAGCAAUCGGUUUUUGACUUUACAGAAAUUUAUGAUCUAAGGGAAUGUAUGCAUGCAAUUAAUGAGACUUGGCACGAAAUUUCUGAAGAUCUUAUUAAGAAUGACUGAAAAAUCUUAGGGUUUCAUAUUGAUUUCAAAUAUUCAGACCCCCAAAAUGAAUUAAAUGAAAUAAUUUAUAAAUGCAGAUACGCUUUAGAUUUGGAUGAGCAAGAGCUGAAAGAGUUUUUAGAAGAAAAUAUAUAUCAGAACAAUAAUGAAAAUUUGUUAAGUGAUUUAGAAAUUAUGAAACAAGCCGUAGAUGAAGAAGAAGCCAAAGAAAUUGAUACAAAACUGGCGAAAAAUGGAAUAUGACGCGAUGAUACUAUUAAUUCCAUAAAAGUGAUGAUAAAGUAUGUUUUACAAGAAAAUUUAGGAAGCGUGAGCUUUAUUGAUGAGGCUAAAAAUAUGCUAGAUAAGCUAGAAAAUAAAUAUAAAAAUUACAAAGAACAAAUUAUAGCAGAUAAUGAUGAUCCUAUUGCUAAGAAAGACGUCUCAUAA